CUGGCCAGCUUGGUGAAGCAGCGCAGAAGUAAGAAGUCGCGUGUGCACGCUUAGAACGCUACAUUUCCGAUCCCAAUCUGCCCGUGAAUCCGUGAAUCCGCGAAUCCGUGAAUCCUCGAGUCGCCAUCCGGGCCCAGUGUGUCGUCUGUAUCGUCUUGUGCCAUUGAUUCUGGGCCGGUGUGAUCCGAGUUAUCCUGCUGCGGUUGAGGGUGAGCGGCGGGCGCGUGUGUUCCGGGAUUGUUUGGUCGGCGUGUGUGCGGUGGUUGAGCCCGCCUGCGGGUGGCGUGUUGGUUGGAUCGGUUAGAGGUAUCCACGGGAUUGGCCCGGCAUUAGCAUGGCUGGCCGAUACAAUGAUUAUAGAGGGGGCGGCGGCGGUGGCGGUCAGCGACCCAUUCCCGAUGAACCGCCUUACACGGCCUUCGUGGGCAACUUACCCAAUGGCAUCGUCCAGGGUGAUAUCGACAUCAUGUUCAAGACUCUCAAGGUUCGCAGUAUUCGAUUGGUGCGAGAUCGCGAGUCUGACAAGUUCAAGGGCUAUUGCUACGUCGAGUUCGAAGACCGCGAGAGUCUACUCGAAGCCUUGGAGUUGGACGGCGCUCUGCUAGAAGAACGUCCCAUUCGGGUGGAUAUCGCCGAGGGCCGACGCGACCGCGAUGGCAACCGAGGUGGUAUGCGGGGACGAGGUGGGCGAGCCGGUGGCCGGGCCGGUUUCGAUGACCGAAGAGGAGGCGGCUACGGGGGUGGUCGAAGCGGCUAUCGUGACAACAACCAGGGCAACACGCAUAGCAAUUUUGGCAAGCGAGAUCGCAGGGACUCGGAUCGUAGUCGGCGCAAGGAGUACGAUGAUUUUAAAGAGCCCACGGCCGAGGAUACGGCCGGUCGACCCAAACUCAAGCUACUUCCACGAACCGUUAAGGACCCGGUUAAUCAAUUAGCCGAAACUAUGCAAACCCAAACUAUCUUUGGGGGUGCCAAGCCCCGAGAAGCCGAGAGCACUUCGCGACGCGAGAGCGAAAGCAACGAGAAUCCCGCGAACGAAUAAAAGAACCGCCUUCUUUUCGUUCGGAAUUUUUGACCUUCACACCCACACAUAAAAAACACCCACACUCAUCUAACCAAUGCGAAGAAAUUCCCCUCACCGGAAAGUAAUAGAGAUGUGGCCACGAGGGCAGCCAGAGGGGGCCAUGAGCUCUUGUCCUUCUUUCUAUGAUGAUGAUAAUUAUUAUUAUGAUUAUUAUGGAGAUGAUAAAAGUGUCUCCUUUUGUUUGCGAUUGUUGUCAUGGUUAGAAAUUCCAAGAUCAAGAGAUCCA